AUGUACUUAUUCCACAUUAUAUUCCUACUUCUUUUCAUCUCAAGGAGCACGGAAGCAAUCAGUUCGAACCGGAAAACUAUUUUCCAGUGCGAUCAACACUUCGAUGAAUCUCAACCAGAAGGUGUCAUCGAGUUUCCCAGUUUACCAAAGCAACUGGCUAUCAGCCAUGGAGUGAAUAACUCAAAACCAGAACAACAGUAUAAUUUACAAUGUGUAUACACGUUUGUUGCGGGACCGAGGCAGCGUGUAAGGCUUGAAUUCGAUCAUUUCCUUCUAUCGGGUAGUUCUGAAAACUGUGAUAUAGAAUAUGUAGAUAUUUAUUCCGAAGUCGAGUCAGUCGAUGAAGACAUUCUCCAAUCGGCCCUAGGUGGCCGGUACUGUGGUACGGUGGCACCUCAUGUUAGAAUUAGUUUGCGUCACGUUAUGAAAAUUGUGUUACAUUCCCGAUCGACGAACCAUGAAGAUAGUCAUGGAUUUCGUGCGAAAUACUCUUUUAUUCCUGAAGACAAGUUCAUAGCCGGCGAGCCAGUUAGCGGCAAAAAAUGUAGUUAUAUAAUCGACUCAUCGGAUCGAAAAAUUGGAACAUUGUACUCCCCAACCUAUCCAGGAACAUAUCCUCACAACAUGCAUUGCUCCUAUUUGAUGAAAGGAUAUCGGGGCGAGAGAAUCCGUCUGUUUUUCACAGAUUUCGAUAUUUUCUUUGGUGGAGAGCACUGCCCCUACGACAGCAUCACAAUAUUCGAUGGCCCGACCCCUUCCUCUCCAAUCAUCCGAAAAGUUUGUGGUUUGCAACAGCGAAUGGAAAUUUACUCAAUGACCAAUAGCUUGCUCAUCCACUUCAACACUACCCAUCCUGCUAAAUCCGAUCCCAGGGGGUUCAUAAUGGACUACGAGUUCUCCUCCAGAUUCGUUAACAUUGACAAACUUCUCAACAAGCAACGUGGGGUGACUCAUAUCCGAGGGACAGAAUGUGAUGUACGGGUGGAGAGUAAUCGAGAGACGACUCACACUAUCUCCAGUCCUAAUGUAAGUUCUUUAUUUCUAUAUUAUGGGAACCUUUAUCUGUUUCAGUACCCCGAAGUGUAUCCAGCAAACACCACAUGCACUUAUAUUAUUCAUGGGUUGCAAGGCGAGCAGAAUCUAGAGAAAGUGAUAUUGACUUUUGAUUCUAUUGCUGUUCUCUCUUUCGAUACUUCACCCGCAACAGCUCCACCAUCAGUAGAUGACAUUGCUUGUCCUAGUGCAUGGGUUGGUAUUGCUAUUGGCGAGGGAAAUAUGAAGGCAGUAAUGUCAUCCACCGAUGAUUCCAUUUUCGAUGUAACUCUGUGUGAACGUAUCCCUUCUGACUCUCCACUUCUUGGACCUUACAUUAGCGAAGGUCCUAGAAUGGUAAUGCAAUUCGGUAGUACGGAUACCAGAGAUGACCGGAUUACACCAAUUGGGUUCAAGGCGACCAUCGAGUUCAAAACUGAUUUUGGGGUGACAGGAGAGUCUUUAGGAACUUCAAAUGAGUGCAGGUUUCGAUUCACCUCUUCUACUGGAUUUUUUAAUAGUCCUAGAUAUCCAGCUAAUUACCCCAUGGACACAAACUGCACCUAUUACAUUGUUGGUCAGCCUGGAAAGGAAAUCCUUCUGCAUUUUGAGCAAUUUGCUUUGAGUGGAGAUGACGAUAGCAAUUGCAAUGACUAUUUGGAUGUGUACGAUGUUUUUGUGAAGAAUGGGAAGGAGGAGCUUCGCUUGAAAGAGCGCUACUGCUCGGACACCUUUCCCGGACCUUCUGUCUCCGCGUUUGGUUCACAUGAAAUGCGAGUGGUGUUCACUUCUGGCUCCAGUGGUACAGCGAACGGAUUCAAAGCUUUGUUUGAAAUACGGACGGCCCGGAAGGAAGAUGUUCCACGUGGCGAGGCCCACAUUCGCCGAGGUGCAUAUCGAUGUGGUUCUGUAAUCAACGCAACGGCAGAUAAACCAAAUGGAUUGAUUAUCUCCCCCAACUAUCCAGUCAAAUACAAUAAAGAUGUUCACUGUGAUUGGCAGAUCAAUGUAAAGGAAGGAUAUCAAGUGUUAUUGAAAAUGGAAGCAAUUGAUGUUGAAGGAGAGAUGACAUCAGAUAGUGCCAGUUGCCAAAAGGCGGUGAUUCGAGUGGAAGGAGCACCUAGAAUGGAGUAUUGUGGUACUAAAAGAGAGUUCUUUGAGGCUUAUCUAUCUCCAAGUAAUUCUGUGAGAAUCAGCUUCCUAACAGCACCUGACAAAGUAAACGGUUUAAAAGGAUUCAAUCUCUCAUGGACAGAAGUCAAAAAUCUCAGUGGAAAAGAUGAAAGUGUCUGCAAAUCAGACUCUCUUUACCUGUGCACCUACUCAAAACUAUGCAUUGAUGCUAAACUGAGAUGUAAUGGAUUGGAUAAUUGUGGAUAUGGAGUACAAGAUGAUACCGAUGAGCAGCAUUGUGAUGCUAAAUUCAUGUCUACUUCGUCAGGUUGGCUACAUAAUAGGAAUAACUUGCUUGUGAUUCUUGUUGCCGUUUUACUUUGUGUGAGCUUUAAACUAAUUACUCUUGGCUUGGAACUACCUUCGAAAAAACAAAGCUUUUUUAAUCUUCAAAACAAUUUAGGCUCAUUAAAAGAGAAGUCCGCCGAUCAAACGAUAGUGGUUGCCGCGAUCUUCUGUGGUGCGAUAUUCCUGUUCAUCUGUAUCCUCUUCCUGUAUCUGUUCAAAACGAAAUUAGAUAAAAAGAAAAAGUCGAAACGAAAAAGCGACACUAAGCAUCGACAACGACAACCGUACCGACAGCAAAAGCCAAUGCACAAGCCACAGUUUGAUUCUGAACUAUCUCCUCCGGCAACCAGCCGAUUCGUCCAUCACGACGCGACGGGAAUCAUGCCACCAAUACCACUCCAUCAGAUCGGAACCUCAUCACGAGAUAUGUAUUCUUGA